UAGUGCGACUGCGGGGAAACCAGCAGUCGUCAGUUUGGUCGGUGACGUAGCUGCGAUCGGUUUGGUUGUCGCAAGUGUGCGUGCAGUUCGAGAAGAAAGCUGUUUUUUCCGUUUCCUGUUUUCGGGCUGUGCGCAUUGGAUUAAUCUCCAGAUUCCCGUGCAGGAAAUCAGUGCAUUGUGUACAGUGUGGAUUUAAUAUUUAUUUUCUAGUUCCGGACCUUUGGAUUUUAUUAAAGUGUUAAGUGUAUUUUUUUUGCAAUUUAUCUUGCAAAUGUUGAUGCAUUGUUGGCUGCUCGAAGAUGACCCUAGUAUUGCCAUUCGGCGUUGAUCAAAUAGCCAACAACUCUUUGUAUUCGGUUUCUGGCAGCAAUCAAAAUUCCACGAUGCCUUGUGUGUUUGAUAAUGAUUCCUUUGAUCGAGACUUCGAAAGUGCACUCAUGAGAGAUUGGACAUCGGAAAUCGGCGAUUAUGAUGUGCCAGCGGAAGAUUCCCCAAUCAAAACGCCAUCUGAUACGAAUGCCCUCAAGAGAAAAGCUGAGGCUGAAGCUGAAGAGCCUGUGUCCAAAAAAUCCAGAGCUGAUAGUGUAGUUCCUCCCAUAUCAUCGAAUGUGGUAUCAUCCUCUUCCUCCAGUUCGGAUGAUCUCUGUACCAGCUCAAGCCCUUCCCUCUCCUGCUCAUCGUUUCUCUCAUCAUCCCUCAGCAGCACUUCCACUUCUUCUUCAUCCUCAUCUUCCUCAUCCUCAUCAUCUUCCUCUGAAGGGCAGGACGAUGACGCGUCUGCAGAAAUGGACGAUGAUGACUACAUGCCCAGAAGGAGGCCGUAUCAGAUGUGGACCUCCCGCCAGAGGUGGAAGGAUGAACGCAAAAAGGUCAUGAAAAUGUCUGUCACCAAACUUUCUGAGAUUGAUGACCCAGAACUUUGCCUGCUGAGAUCGGUCCUCAUCAACAAUACUAUCAAGAAACUGCAUUCUGACAUCCGAAGUGAACGACAGGCCAAGCUCAGGCACAGGCAGCAGAGAAUGGACUUUUUCGUCGAAAGGUUCUCGCCUGUUUCCAGUAGUGCGGAUAAUUCUGAACAGUUUGCUGCUACAGACUUCAGCAGCAGCAGCAGCAACAGUAGCGAAACUACCAACAAUGAAGUGCGCAAGCCAAGUUCGCCGGCUAAUACUUCGGACUUCUAUGACGAUAGCUCUUGCGACGAGAUCUUUGGUAUCAGCGAAGAUUUUCUGCGCGUUCCCGUUCCUGACAGGCGUGUCUCAAGUCCAAUUCCAACGUCGAACAAUAACCGCGAUUCCAGGAACAAUGACACGGUUGAAUCUAUGGACACUACCCCUGUUGUUACAACGGCCAACGUUACAUGCUAUGGCAACAAUAACUCCUCGUUGUCUUGUGAUACAACCAACGAUUGCAACUCGUCUUUUUAUCACCGUCGAACAACAUCUCAAAACAAUAACAAUAACCACAGCAGUAACACCAGCAACAACAACAACCUUGCAGCCUUUCCCUCUGCCACACCAUCACCACCCUGCUUGAAACAAAUUCUGGCGUCAGUAUCGUCUGCUGCCACUACCGGAGGAAGCCAGUGUGCGACGCAGUAUAGAACUAACCGAGAUGUUGGGGGUGGCAGUGGCGGAGAGUCCUUUCCCCCUAGGGUUCCUAUCUUAGACGAAGUUGUUUAUCACAGCCUUCUGGCGUCUUUGGAAACGUCCUGAAACAUCAAUCAUUCCGCCCCCCUCUCUUCCCCACUUUUCUCCCUUUUCUGUUUAUAAGGCGCUGAAAUAGGAAGUGUUCUCUCACUGUAUUUUUUCGCAGGGAAUUUCUUCUGCUUCGUGCUGUCAAUUCUUGGCCAAAACCGAGAUAAGUUUUUACUUGCCACCAAAUUUUGCUAUGUGGCAGCAGCGUUUUAAAAUUUAUUUAUUAUUUUUAGAAUUCUGAUAUUCUAAGAAAUGUUUUUAUGCCUUGUUUUAGAACAUUCGGUUUUAGCCAUAAAAUCGCAAUUUAGGGACCAAAUCGAAGCAUUUUGUGAAUCUGAAUGUUCUUUGCAACUGUUUAAUGACUUUGUUGUUUUAAAAGCGCAUUCAUUUUUUGAAGAACCAGGGCUUUAUUUAUUUGAACAUUUCUUAUAUCAGUGCUCUUAUUACUGCAAAAAGGAGAAAUUUGCCCUCAUGACAAAGGUAAAGAUUAACGGAUUUCGGUUGUGCUCUUUUGUAUAUAGAUAUAUUUGUAACUGUUAUUCACAUUUAAAAAAAAUCCAUUUAGUCAUUUCUUCUCUCUUAAAUUUUGGCUCACUAGUUUUAAGCAGAUGAAAACAAAGAAUUCAUUGGAGAGAAUUAGCCAGAUGUGUUGCACAGCAUUGAAUUGCUCUAUGGAAUUCAUUUUCCCUUGUUUCAGAUGAAUAACUUUCAUUUAAAUUAUUUUGAUAAAGCUGUAAAUUUUUGAUUUUAUUUUCAGUACAGCCUUUUAACUUGGUAUUAUCACAGUGAUGCAUCUUCAUCAUUUACUGUUAAAAAAUAUUUAAAAGAACUUUAAGUAUUUAAAUAGUUUUUAUUUUAAACAUCUUUGAUAUUGCAUUUCAAGCCAUUUAGUAUUCAUUGCUGCGCUACAUGAGAAUGCCAUAAAUAUCCAGUAUUUCAUAAAUAUUAAUUUAUAUGCUAUUUUAUUGUUUUUAUGUUUGUAACCCUGAUUUUUUUUUUCCAUCAAAUAUUAUUUUUUUCUUAGCUCUUUUCCCCAACAGAAUAUUAGUAAUUAAUUAUAAUAAAAGACAUUUUUUUUCCUUUCUCAACUUCAUUAAAAAAGUACAGAAGAGCCAUACAGAAGAAAUUUCAUACUUUUAAAAAAUGUAUACUGAUUUAAUUAUUAUGUAAGAUAUUUAUGAUAUUUAAGUUUUUGCUGCAUUAUCAAAUUGCUAUGCAUCUCUCAAUGCUUUAAACAUGUACAUUUAUAAAUAACAAAUGGACCAAAAUAUUGUUUCAAGGUCUUUGAUUUUAUAGGUUUUAUAUAUAUAAAAAAGUACAUAAAUUUAAGGCCAAAAUAUGUUGCACUUAAAAACCGACUGUAUUCUUGUAAAUGGUAUGUGUUUGUUGUUGUUUUAAGAUUGUAUAAAGGAAAAAUGAGAAAAAUACAAAAAAAUGGGGUUAUCUGUAUGCUAUGCUUGAAUUAUUGUUUUCUUUUGUGUGAAUGAAAUAUUUUAUUUUAAUGAAAUGAAUUUUGAUUUAUAAAAUAAGCAUUUCACUUGUUUUGAAGUAUGUUGAUCUGCUGUAUGCUUACAUAUUCUGUUACUAAAAUGUAUAUUAUGUAAAAACAACAACAACAUGCAGCUGUAUUUUUGGUUUUGAGUACUUGUGUACUCAUAAAUUUCAUAUUUAAAGCUUUUUUUUUUUUGAAAUUUAAUACCUUUUUUUUUUUGUUUGAUUUGCGAAUAAAUUACUGUCCCAUCUCCAAAUGCGCGACAUUUUUGCAUACUAUAAGAUCUUAAUCGUGUUAAAUCUGAUUCCAGAAAUUUGGCAAGCUAUUGCUUGAAAAAUUUUAAAUUUUAGUGGCAAUACCAUGUUCUCAAGUUUAACCUGUUUUUGUAUUGAUGAAGUGUACAUUUUUUUGUUGAAAUAUAAUUAUUAAAAGCAAUUGUGAAUAUUAUAGAAUAAUUUUGGAAUUGAAUUAUUUGAAAGUUUUAUUUUCUAAUGAAAUAUGCAAGUUUCUUUGUAAAGAUAAUUACAAUUAUUUUAAUUUAUUGUAAUAGAAAAACAAGCAAAUAUUUUAUUAAUUUAUUUUUAAGAAGUCAUACAACAAUCUAUUUACUCAAACUUAGUGCAAUGUUGUGAUUAAUAUAUUCAAAAUAAUUUAAAGUAAAUCUUAUUUUAAUUUAUUUCUAGUCUAAAUAUAACUUAAUUCAAAUGCAAGGAUGUACUUUUUAUUAUGAAAAAUUUCUUAUUUCUACAUCAAAGAUAGCUUGUACAACUGAAUUGAUUGCUCAGUAUAAUGUAUAUUGUGUUCUUUAUGUAUAGUUUUGAAAUUAUGCAUUAUAUUUCAGUGUUACUGAGUAUAAUAACUGUUUUAGUUGAAUGUGUAUGUUGCUAAACUGGUUUCAUUUAAAAGGGAGUCAGUUGAAUUUUGAAUUAUUUUAUUGCGAAGAAGUUGUGAAUAUGUAAAUUAUUCUUGUGAGAUAAUUUUUAUCCUCAUGUAUUUUUUAAAAAAAAUUAUGAGCCGCUCAAGUAUUGUUUCAAAUAUUCUGCUUUUCAGAUGUAUAUUUUUAUGAUUCAAUAUUUAAUAUUUUAAUGGCAUCUUAUUAAGAAAAGUUGUUUUUCACAGUGUUAUUUCAUUUUAAACAUCUGCAUGUUGGAUUACUUUUUUUUUUUUUUGCAAAUUUUCGCAAAUACAGGUGACUGCAUUAGAAGCAGUACUUGUUACUGAUACAUUUUGUUAAAUAUUAUCAAAAGUUAUAAACAGCUGUUAACCAUUUAGAAAAAAUUAUAUUUCUUCAAAGAAUCUAAAAUUGUACUUUUUCCGUUAUUCCGACAGAAAAAAAAAAAAAAAAAAAAAUGCGCGCCAGAUUUACAUAGAAUUUCUAUACACAGCGGAAGUGGCAAAAGUAGUACAUUUUGCCAUCACGCCUAAGGUGCUUGGCGAACUUUUGUACUUUUAGCGAAGUCAUGUUAAAUGAAAAGCUAUGUUUCCCGCCAAUAUUUGUGUUUGGCGAACAUUUCUGUCGAGUUAACGGAAAAUUAUCAUUAAAACUUCUUCAGGCAAUGGCAGUUUUAUAAAAAAGCAAAAAUUUUAUAAAAGAAGAUAUAUGUUCGACAAUCGAAGUAUUAAGAACAGCACAUGGAUGUUUUUUGCGUAGAAAUAUUUUAGUAAUUUAUUUAUUAAUAGAAAGAUUUUUUGAAUUAAAUAUGUUAUAAAGAAGAAAAAAAAAAAAAAAGAAAGAAUAACUAUUUUCACCUUAAGAAAACUGUGAUAUUUGUUGCCUGGAGUGGUUGUUCACUGCUUAGACUAGUGGUUGGCCUUAUUAUUCAGUUAAUGCUAUUGUGGACCUUUGUUGCAUUCUUUUAGUUUAUUUUUUAUUUAAAUGCAAGACAGUAAAGAAAAAUGGCAAAAAAUAUCAACAUAAUUUUUUAUUUAUAUUAUACUAUUUGCUUUGUUUUAAUUGUACAGAUUUCUUGUAAAAUUUUGUUCAAACACCUUUCCAUAAGUGCCUGAUUGACAGAUUAAGAACUGUUUUUCAAUGAAUUUUUAAAAAGAAAAUUGUAAAAAUGUGUAUAUAAUAGAAGUUGAUAAAAAAAUAUUUGAAGCGGUUGCCAUACAGAAGAUAGAAAAACUGUCAUAUAAGUAUUUUGUGAAAUUAUUUCGGUUCAAUGUUCUACUUUUUUUCCUCUCAAGAUUCCAUUGAAUUUUUAAAUUAUUUAGUUUGAAAGCGGGAAAUGAAAAAAAAUAUCGUUCAGUCUUUUAUUUGAAAAGAUUGAAUGUGCUAUUCUUUACUGUCUUGUAUUAAUGCAAUGUUGUGUGUGGACUGAGGUUUUUCUUUGGUGUUAUAAAAAAGAUUUUUAUGCGUAUAUUGUGAUUGUAGUGUCGGGAUCUGGUGUAGCUGAAUAUCGCUCAUGAUUAUAGUUGAAGUUGAUGCCAAAUAAUGUCAUGCAGUCUUUUUUCAAUACGCUGUACAUUGAGCUGCAAAUACUAAAAUAAAUGCAGAUUAUAAAAAAGCAAA